AUGAGGAGGAGGAGGAGGAGGACGAAGACACAGCUGAGUCCGUUCAAAGUGCCAGACAGUGGCAGCGCUUUUCUCAUGAGCAUCGCCAAAGGAGAGGACCGAAAGAAGGAGAUGCGUAAAUUCCUGGCUCUGCCAAUUGAGGAGAAGACGACCCACGCUGCCAGAACCACGGCCAAGCUGAAGAAUGAGCUGGUGGGAGAAGAGGAGGAGGAGGAGGAGGAGGAGGAGGAGGAGGAACAUGAGAAGGCGGAGGACUCCAAGCAAAUGAAGAGUAAAACGGCUCUUCCUGGUCGCACAUCGGGGAGACGUGAACUGAAAAUGAGCACAGUGCCGAGACGGGAGAGCGUGACCAAGGACAGCAAACAUGACUUGAUCUCCAUGGAGCGUCAGAAGGCCGUGCUGGAGCUGUCUCUGAUGACGAAGAGGUCGGAGAUUUUGAAGAUGGACAAAGCAAUGGCGAAGGAAGAGAGGCAGCUGAAGAAGCUGGAGAAGGUCAUUGAAAGAGAUAACCUCAACUUUGAAGCAUUCCUCCGGGAGAACGAGAAGAAGUCUGUGGAGGCCCGAACACAAUUUGAGCAGGAGGCCAAAAUAAAGCAGAAGAAGAACACAGAGAUCAAGAGGCUAAAUGCAGAGAUAGGGAUUAUAGAAAGCGAACUUGUCAAGAUUGAGGAGAUCCUGGCAGACUACAAGAAGUACCAGGAGCUGCUGUUCAGGCUGUCUCCUCCAGAGUGGCAGGAGGCCCAGAAGAUUAAAGCUCUGAAGGGUAAAGUCCUCUCUGAGCAGAGCAGGAAGCCCGAUCAGAUGGCAGGUAAGAAGAGCCGGCACUUCACCGAGGUGCGAGACUCUGAGAGAAUCGUGUCCAGCCCAGGUAGAGAGCUGCCGUCCAUCAGCGAGACCAGACCGUCCAGCACGCCAGACAAAGCGUUUGAGGCAGAUCACGACUCGGACUAUGAGGACGAACCGGAGCUGUACUUUACCGACCCGCAGCAGCUCCUGGACCUGAUGACCAUGCUGACGGAGCAGAACCUGUCUCUGAUCAAGAACUCCGCCCGGAUGGAGGAGGCUCUCAAGAUGCUCCAGCAGUCCACGGAGACCACCAGGGAGAAAAUUGAAAAGGAGGAGGAGCAGAUGGCGGCGCAGGUGAACGACGUGAAGCAGAGAAUCGACAGGGAGAAGGCGAGGGGGCUCAAGCUGGAACAGAAGGUUCAGCUUCACGUGUCGCUGAGCACAGAGGACCAAGACGAGAUGCUGGACGCCCUGGGCGAGAAGGUGGCCGAGGUGCAUCGCUGCUGCGUGGACGACCGACUGGCCAACCUCAGCACGCUGGAGAAGCUGUCCAACAUCGAGAGACGCAUGUCCUCUCUGCUGCAGGGCCUGGAGAGCAUCCCUGAAGACAAACUGGAGAUGACCAAGAAGAUCAAGGACAGCGAGAGGAGGAGCAGGGAGAGAGAAGAAAAGCUGAGACAGCAGAGAGAAAAACAGAGCGAGAGGAUGAGGAGGUACAUGGAGAGAUCUCUGGCCGACUCCAAGAAAACCGGCGGGAGGAAGCUCAUGCCCCGGUGCAUGCCCGUCUCCCGCAGAGUCAAAGUCAGCAACGUGGACAACGCUGACGACGAGGACGAGAUGCACCAAUACCUGUUCGGUGCUGAAGAUACUGAGUGA